UUUUGACACAACACACAACAAACAUAAAUAUUUCUCCCCGAUUAAAGAAAGAAAAAAAUCCAAACAAAUAGAAUUUUGCCGUCUUGAGUUUAUCGUAGACUCUCUCUAAUAUACGCUUCUUCUUCCUCCCUGGAUCAUGAAUCUUUCUUGGAACUGAAGAAGAAAAUCGCAAAUUAAAAGGAAAAAAAAAAAAAGAUAAUGGCUGCUUCUCUGGAGAUUGUUAAAUUCUGUGUAUCUUCUCCUGUUUCGAUUUCCCGCCAUAAGACUCCCGUUAAAUUGGAAUCUAGGAAAAGGGUUUUCAGAUUAGCUGAUUCCAGGACUUGGGUUCGUCUCGGUAGAUGUGUUAGGGUUCGUUCAUCUGCUCUUGACGGCGAUAAUAAGUCCAAAGGUGAAGAACCUCCAGAGUCUUUGUUUAUGAAAGAGUUGAAGAGACGAGGUAUGUCUCCUACCUCAGUGCUUCAAGACUAUGAAGUGGACCAAGAUGAGAUCAAAGCCGGUAAAGAUACUGGAAACAGCUCUAAAACGACUGCAACUACUCCAGCGUUUGAUCCAAGCUUGCUAAACCAGAGAGAGAGAUCAUUGGCUUUAAACAGCGAAGGCCUUGAGGGAUUGAUUCCGCGGGCUAGAGUCUUGCUGACAAUUGGAGGAACUUUCUUUUUGGGCUUUUGGCCAUUGAUAGUCUUGACUCUUGGUGCCUUCUCUGCCCUCUACCUCUACUUUGGAGCUGAUUUCGUGCAUGACGGAAGUAGAACUCCGGUCUCACCACCACCGUACAUUGAUCCAUAUUCUCUACUGGAAGAUGAGAGGAUAUCAGGGAUUGAUCCUCGUCUAAAUUAGCAGCAACAAAUUGUUCUUUGUGCUCUACGCAAACUAGUAGUAUAUAUAUAAUAUUAUUGGGGCUCUAUAGUCUACGUAUAUAUUUUUAUUUACCGCCUUUCCUCUUUCUCUAUUUAUGCUUACGGAUGUAAAAAGAAUUGUUGCUGCUUCUUCUCUGUAAGGGUUCAAAAAGUUUCAAUCUUUCAUCAUUUGUCUCA